CACCAGUGAAUUUGUUAACUUUUGUAAUUUUUAUCUUGUUUUGAGAUAUUUUCACGAUCAUCUUCUUGUAAGUUACAGAAACGUUUUACCGGCGAAAGUAAAUUAUCCUUUUCCUUCUACGUCAGUGGAGAUUUUUAUCAUCGACGUGGAUUUCAAUCACGAUUCGAGCACGGGAUCGAUAGUAGGAUUAGUAGGCUCGCGUGAGGUGUAAAACAGAAAUUAUGAAUGGUAAAAAUAGGCGUGGCGGCUACGCAACCGCUCUGCUGAAAGCCCUGAAAGAUCCCAGUCGAGGACGUUACGAACGUCAGAAAUUGGAAGAGAGUCAGUAAGUAUUCUUUCUCUCCCUCUCUCACAUCGAAAACACGCGGGUUGCGGUAUCUUUGCGACGGGAACGUCGCCGAUUGGAUCUUGUUGAUGGCGGAGACCCUCAGGGAAAGCAUGAAAUGCGAAGGAACAACAUCAAGAGAAGCACGAUUAGUCCGCUGACGCAGAAGAUAAAGGCUCCCCAACAUCUGCUGCGACUCAAGGACGAAGAGGAUGGAUGCAACGACGAAUGGGACGGUCGUUUCCGACUACCUAGUUUGCCACGGCAGAAAGCGUUAAAGGAUGACGUCCUGUCCAAUGGCAACAGCGCAGCAACGUCUGUUUCAUGGUCGCAGGAGGUGGAGAGCGUGGCAACUCAGAAAUUGGAGGAACAAUGGGUGACUGUGGAGAGAAUCUUCUACGAGGAGGACAAUCAGUUGCUUAAAGAAUCUAUUUUGGACGAGUGCAUGCAGUGGAAAACACAGAUACCGUAUCUGAGAAUAAUUGGCAAGAACCCGACUUGUGACAGCAACAGUACGCAACGUGACGUUGGCUCCAGCAGUAACAAGACAAAGAAACUUGAUGAUCCGCAGAACGAUGAAGUAUUCGUAGAACGCAAUCUUUCAAUGAAGGAAGGAGAGGAUUCUGUGCAAUACAAAUUGAAUAGGGCAAAAUUCGAAGAUGUUCUUGACAUGAUGAUGGAAUGUGUAAUCUCAGAGCUUUUUCCUAACGAGAAGGAUGAAACAGAUUCUUUGCACGACGAUUUCACUGACGCCCUAAGAAUAGCUCUCGCUCCUGUUCACGGUAAUAGAAAUUCGUCAAGAAAUUCAAAAACGAAUUGGACAGAGGAAGCAAUCUCACCGAAUUAUAUCGAGAACAAAUCUAUAAGUAUAAGAAAUCGAUUGCUGGAUUCAGAAAGUUCCCUUCAGACAAUAAAGAACGAUGCGAAUCUUCAAGGAAUCCAGAAGAAAUCGAGAAAGUCAAUCUCUGCAAAUAAACUAAGAGACUUUGGUGAUACGGAAGAUGACGCUUUGAAGUCCAAGGAGCGGCUGUGCACGCCACAUAUUGGCAGAAAUAAGCUUGGCACUAUUUUUAAUGAGAGGAUUGUUGUAAGCCCCGUGCCUUUUACAGUGUCUACACGAGAAAGCUUCUCUACUGUAAAGACCAUCCCGAUUAAAUUUAUAAACGAGGAUUUGGAAAUCUCUUCCGCCCAAGGAUUAGUUCGAAACGUUGGCUUCCAAAGUUCUGCGAAAAAGCCAGGUGCCUUUUUGAGGAAUCCGAAUAUUCAUUCCGCCUGGCAAGCUUCUGUCUCUCCUACUGUUUGGCCGAAAAAUAUCCGACUCGCUCCCAUAGACACUUCGAGACUUCCUAACAGCAAAAAUAGAUCAUUGGCGCCAUCGCCUGCUGUCCAGCAUUGCAGCAGAAAAUCAUUGAGUCCGAUUUCUCAUCCCAUGAUACCAAAAUCCGCCCAUAUAACUCGCGAUUGUAGCAUCAAUUUUUUAGAGAUUCAAGGGAAGCACAUCGUUCCCACCUGGGACUGUAAUCCCAAAGUGGCCAAGAGCAAGAAAAAGAAAACCCAAGCAAAGGAAAGACUUUGAGAAGAAGCUUAACGCGAUAAAAUCAGAAGCGCUUUGAAUAUUUGCAUGCGAGAAAUAUAUUUUUCAAAAAUGUCAGACACGUGUAUCCUGCAUGUAACUGCGAAGAAGCCUAGGAGUACAAAAUGCUUUAACGCGUUCGGUUUUACAGCAGGAUAAUGCCUGAAGCACGGUGAAACGCUUUAAGCUGAAGUAUAUAUAUAUAUACACACACUACAUAUUUACUGCGUGCGUCAGUAGGUCUGUUCGCGUUGCUUGCACUUUUUAUAAGAAUCUUUUUCAGAAUUUUCUCUUUCUCUCUUUU